AUGACCGCGCCCCUCAAAGCAGCCAGCGCCCCACUGCGGCGCUUGCUGGUUUGGGACUACGACUGGAGCUUGAUCAACACGAACUCUGAUACCUUCGUGGUGGAGAAGCUGCGGCCAGAACUAAUGGCCCACUUCCGGUCGCCCUGCAGCGACGGCUGGACGGCUCUGAUGGACCGCCAGAUGAAGGCGCUCUUCGAUCUCGGCGUGUCGCGUGGCUUGGUAGAGCAGUGUGUCAGCUCAGUGCCCGUCUUCGAAGAAAAUCUCCUAGCCGUGCGCCGUGCAGCAGAAGCAGAGGCUGCUCAAAUCGUGCUCAGUGAUGCGAAUACCGUGUUCAUUGAGGCAUUUCUUCAAUCUGCGGGCCUCCGAAGCUGCUUUUCGGAGAUCAUCACAAAUGCGGCCGAGUUCAAUUAUGACGGAUGUUUGCACGUCCGUCCAUUUCAUGAGGGGCCUCCCCACGGAUGUCCACUUUGCCCCGACAACUUGUGCAAGGGCCUCGUCCUACGCCGACUCCUCGCAGACUACCGGCCCCAGCGCGUACUCUACGUGGGCGACGGCGGCGGCGACUUCUGUCCAGCUUGCGAGCUUCGCCCCUGA